AUGGCGACCCAGCAAUUUCCAGGAGCUGCUGGCGUCCAAUGCCCGGCUGGUCGAGUUUCCCAAGAGCGGGAGGCGAGCAAGAUGGACGCGGGGAAGGAGGUGCGGCGGCGGCGGGGGGGCGCUGGCCGGGAGCCCCCCAGCAGCACCGAGACGCUGUUGGCGCUGUUGGCGCGGAACCAGGAAGGCCGGCCCGGCACCCUCGCGAGUUCCAAGCAAAAAUCUACUUUGGGGCAGUGGGUUCUUCGUAUCCAGCCUCCAGUUCAGGACAGGACACUCCAAAACGAGCAAGGGGUCUGGAGCCCGGAGCUGGGGAAUCGGUUGAAAUUGGGGCAAGCAAGGGGACUCCGUCUCCCAACCGGAGGAACUCGAGAUGGGCUCUUGUCUUGCCCCGGCCACGAGCUUCUCGGAGGCCUGAGAAUCUCACUACUCGGUCGAGUUGCCGAGGGCUCCGUGGGACCUCUGGGCACAGUCUGGUUGCGUCCCGAGGCAGGCAAGCGGGCGGGCGGGUGGGCGGAAGAGGAGCAGGGGAUCAAGAUCAGACCAGGGCCAAGAGGAGGGUCAAAAAAGGCAAGAUGUUAGCCAUGGCCAAGAACCCCAGACAUCCCGCUCUGCACAGGCUGCAACCAACACAUCGUGGACCGUUUUAUCCUGAAGGUGCUGGACCGCCACUGGCACAGCAAAUGCCUCCGAUGCCACGACUGCCAGGUGCAGCUGGCGGAGAAGUGCUUCAGCCGCGGAGAGAGCGUCUACUGCAAGGAGGACUUCUUUAAGAGGUUUGGGACGAAAUGCGCAGCCUGCCAGCAAGGCAUCCCGCCCACCCAGGUGGUGCGAAGGGCCCAGGACUUCGUCUACCAUCUCCACUGCUUCUCCUGCAUCGUCUGCAAGAGGCAGUUGGCCACCGGGGACGAAUUCUACCUCAUGGAGGACAGCCGGCUGGUUUGCAAGGCCGACUACGAGACCGCCAAGCAGAGGGAGGCUGAGUCCACGGCGAAGCGGCCUCGAACGACCAUCACCGCCAAACAACUGGAAACCUUGAAAAACGCCUACAACAACUCGCCCAAGCCAGCCAGGCACGUCCGAGAGCAGCUGUCUUCCGAAACAGGGCUGGAUAUGAGAGUCGUCCAGGUGUGGUUCCAGAACAGGAGGGCCAAAGAGAAACGGCUGAAGAAAGACGCCGGAAGGCAGAGGUGGGGCCAAUAUUUCAGGAACAUGAAGCGGUCCAGGGGGAAUUCCAAAUCGGACAAGGACAGCAUCCAGGAAGAAGGGCCAGACAGCGAUGCGGAGGUUUCUUUCACAGAUGAACCUUCCAUAUCCGACAUCAACCAUCCCAACGGGAUUUACAGCACUCUCGGGGAAAACUCCCCCGUUCUGGCGAAACCACCCGGGACCAGUGGGAACUUCUCCUUGGAACAUGGUGGCAUUCCAACUCAGGACCAAUUCCACGAUCUCCGGUCAAACAGCCCUUACGGGAUGCCCCCCUCACCAGGGUCCUUACAAGCUAUGUCUGGCCACCCAUCCUUAAUGUCCAGCUUGGUUUACCCAGACCACGGCUUGGGCAUUGUGGGCCAAGGCGGACAAUCGGUGCCUCAACCCAUGAGGGUCUUGAGCGGGAAUGGACCCAAUUCAGAUCUCUCUUCAGGAAGCAGCGGGGGGUAUCCGGAUUUCCCGGCCAGUCCGGCUUCUUGGCUAGAUGAAGUUGACCACGCACAGUUUUGA